CUCUUAGCCCCAGGUUCCCCAUUGGUAAAUUGGGGAAACUCCCACUUUCCCCGACAGUACCGGGCAUAUGGUGCCUGGCCUGGAGGACACUGCAGAGCUCCCAGUCCCCCGAUUUAAGUCACCUCCUGCCCUAGUAGGCUGGGUCCAGUGAGCCCCAGAGCUCCUGGCCAUCCAGCCUAGCGCCAGGCCUGGGUGUGGACUCGGGACUGGGGGCAGCCGGCUCUCCUGAGGCAGACGGAGUGGCCCCGACGGACAGCUGUGCAGCGUGGCGGGGGAAGGUUGCCGCCCUCGGGGCUCAGGUCCGAGGAGCCUGGCAGAGGAUGCCUCCUGAGCGUCGCUAGCUCGCGUAGCAGCUGGGGUGCCGGCUGUCCUCUUCGAGGCGCCCAGGGACAGGUGCGUGGCGCACAGCCUGAGCCCGGAGUCCACACGCACCUGCCCUUUCAGGACACAGUGCAGGCGGCGCGUUGCAUCUGGGGAGGUGCGGUCUUCGCAGGCCGUGGGCGGGGUCGCCGCUCGGGGUGAGUGACUAUUGGGUGUCAGCUGGCACGCAGGGCCCCGUGCCUUUGCACACUGUCCCUUCCGCCUCUAAACGACGCGUCGCAGGGCAGCGAUGGGCUCUGCCCUGACGCGCGUCAGGGAUUGGUGGGGAGGCGGGGCCCAGGGGCCCUGCUGCUCGAGGAUUGGUGGGCUGUGACAGAGGCGGGCCAGCGCAUGCGCUUAAGGCGGGGGGGCCCGGCGGGGCCGCCGGGACCAGUGACAAGAUGUCGACGGCGGCGGCGGCGGUGCCGGAGCUGAAGCAGAUCAGCCGGGUGGAGGCGAUGCGCCUGGGCCCAGGCUGGAGCCACUCGUGCCACGCCAUGCUGUACGCCGCCAACCCCGGGCAGCUCUUCGGCCGCAUCCCCAUGCGGUUCUCGGUGCUGAUGCAGAUGCGCUUCGACGGGCUGCUGGGCUUCCCCGGGGGCUUCGUGGACCGGCGCUUCUGGUCGCUGGAGGACGGACUGAACCGGGUGCUGGGCCUGGGCCUGGGCUCCCUGCGUCUCACCGAGGCAGACUACCUGAGCUCGCACCUGACCGAGGGCCCGCACCGCGUCGUGGCGCACCUGUACGCGCGGCAGCUGACGCUGGAGCAGCUGCACGCUGUGGAGAUCAGCGCGGUGCAUUCGCGCGACCACGGCCUGGAGGUGGGGCCGCCGCCCGGGCCCCGCCCCCCGCCCCGGGGUUUGGCUCUGGCCCCGUGGAAGGCACCGAUGGGUGCUGGGCCUCGUGCGGGUCCCACUGUACACCCAGAAGGACCGAGUCGGAGGCUUUCCCAACUUCCUGAGCAACGCCUUCAUCAGCACUGCCAAGUACCAGCUCCUCUUCGCCCUCAAGGUGCUCAACAUGAUGCCCGAGGAGAAGCUGGCUGAGGCUGUGGCUGCAGCCACAGAGAAGCAGAAGAAGGCCCUGGAGAAGCUGCUUCCGGCGUCCUCCUGAGGUGGCUCCUGUGCCAGCUGUCGCCCUCCCCACCAGCAGCCGUAUCUGUGCCCACCAGCCGAGAAGACCUGGCCCUGGGAGUCCCGUGAAAGUGUGUCUUCUAGCGUGUUUCUGUGCUCGCCGUUCUGACUGCAUGGGGCAGGCAGGCCUCUCGUCAUCUCCACUGUCCCAAGCAGUCAUCAGGCGGUGGCUGGGCCAGCUGGGACCCAGCCCGUCCUCUCAGGUUGGUCAGUGGGCAGUCUGGGCACACUGGGCCUGGCUCUUCAGGCUCAGGACAUUCGUGCCCACCCAAAAGCUCAAACUCUCCUCACACGUAGUGCCCCGCUGUCGCCGUCCGAGGGGCAGGUGCACCGCUCUGAGGCCAUGCGGAAGGCAGUUUGCUCUGGUGGAGGCGGCUGCGUCCAGGCCAGCUCGUUCCACAUCCCGCCCGAGCCAGCCCCAGGGUGUGGGGAAGAGCCCGCUUGGGGUAGGAUGUUAUACUGUUAAUUUUGGUUGCUGUUGGAUUUACUUUGUUAGAUUUUUCUCAUUCACGAUGUGUGAACCAUGAAGCUUUGAAGCGGCUUUUCCCCACUGUGGCUUGGUGCGCAGGACGGUCGGGGCCUCAGGGACCCAGCUACGUAUGGAGUUGUUGAAGGAGAAAAAGACAGACAAUAAAUGAAGCCGCUCUUCA